CCCUGUUAUGUUGGUUGAGUGUAGGAAAACCUUAUUAUGUUGUCUCCUCGCAACGCGCUCAGUCCGCUAAAGGAGAACGUGUCUCCCAUGAAGAGAAUGGUCCUGUCAGAUAAAGAGAACACUGUAGGUUCAGCCGAGCUAUUAGUCAGGCAAACAUGGCGGUGUACAGAGCAGACUCUCACUUGUUCCUCUUUCUGUCUCUUCCAGCCCCCUAACGUAAACUCCGACAGGAUCUCCCGGGGAACACAGAAAGAACUGGUCUGUCAGAGCGUAAAGGAUCCUCUGAUACAGGAUGAGCCUCUCCUGAGGGACAACCCAGGCCGCUUUGUGAUCCUGCCUAUUGAGUAUCAUGACAUAUGGCAGAUGUACAAGAAGGCAGAGGCUUCUUUCUGGACGGCAGAAGAGGUGGAUCUUUCUAAAGAUCUUCAGCACUGGGAAACUUUAAAGCCUGAAGAAAGAUACUUCAUUUCUUAUGUGUUGGCCUUUUUUGCAGCAAGCGAUGGGAUUGUUAAUGAGAAUCUGGUGGAGCGCUUCAGCCAGGAAGUGCAAGUAACCGAGGUUCGCUGCUUUUAUGGUUUUCAAAUUGCAAUGGAGAACAUUCAUUCUGAAAUGUACAGUCUUCUGAUUGACACAUAUAUUAAGGAUCCCAAGGAAAGGGAGUUCCUCUUCAAUGCAAUAGAAACCUUGCCCUGUGUUAAAAAGAAGGCAGAAUGGUCCCUGCGUUGGAUAAGUGACAGAGAAGCAUCUUAUUGCGAGCGCCUUGUGGCCUUUGCUGCUGUUGAAGGGAUCUUUUUCUCUGGUUCAUUUGCUUCCAUAUUCUGGCUGAAGAAACGAGGGCUGAUGCCUGGACUCACUUUCUCUAACGAACUUAUUAGCAGAGAUGAAGGUUUGCACACUGACUUUGCUUGCCUUUUGUUUAAACAUGUUGUACACAAACCCUCAGAGCAACGUGUCAGGGAAAUUAUCAUUGAUGCGGUCAAGAUUGAGCAGGAAUUCUUGAUUGAAGCUCUACCUGUGGAGCUAAUUGGUAUGAACUGCACACUGAUGAAGCAGUAUAUUGAAUUUGUAGCAGAUCGGCUUCUGCUGGAGCUUGGUUUUAAAAAGAUUUUUAAGUCUGAGAAUCCAUUUGACUUCAUGGAAAACAUCUCCUUAGAAGGAAAGACCAAUUUCUUUGAGAAGAAAGUUGGUGAAUACCAGAAGAUGGGUGUCAUGGCCAAGGCCACGGAAAAUCAAUUCACUCUAAAUGCUGACUUUUAAAUAUCUUACAUUUGUGCAUUGAUUUGCACUGCACUGAUACAUUUUUGUUUUAGUCUGUUCUAGCCUGCGAUCCCAUGGUUACUUGUACAUGCCUUUGCUGGCCCUGUUAAAAGCAAGCAAAUACAUAAACAAAUCUUGCGCUGAUACCUGCUCUGAUUGUAAGGAAGCUUGUAUAUGCUGGGCAGUGCAUUGUGUUGAAGUGAAAAACAUUCUGCAGUUUGCUAGGUAUUUGAUUGUUAGAGUUUUAUUUUAAGAAUUUUCUAUAUAAUAAAGAAUUUGUAGUUUAAGAAUUUA